CUCCAGACAAAACUGGAGAAAGGGAGAGUAUCUAGCGAAGGGAGGCCAAUCCCAGCCUUUCGAGCAGACCAGUACAAAGUUCUCUCUAAAAACAUUUCGGUUGCAAUAUUCAGUGAUCAAGCAGACGCUACUGCGCCUGUGCUCAGGUGAGAGCCGCCAGCUCCUCCCUGCCCAAUGCAUAGGCUUCUUCUCCAAGUGAAUUUUGCAAUAGAAGAGCUGUCUCUGUGGACAGGUGGAAACUGUCUGCUUGUUCCUGUUGCUGCAACUGGCUCAGGCACAGGAGACAAGACAGCAGGUAGCUGGUAGGAUUUAUCUUCAAAGACCAGAAACAUGCACUGUGCCAUGCUAAAGGCCGAAGCGGUGGAUGGCGCUCAUCUAAUGCAGAUCUUUUGGCACGAUGGAACAGAGUCCCUCUACCCGGCGGUAUGGCUGAGAGACAACUGCCAAUGUUCUGAAUGCUACCUGCAUUCUGCAAAAGCUCGGAAACUUCUCCUGGAAGCUCUCGAUGUGAACAUUCGAAUCAAAGACUUGUCAUUUGACCGGAAGAAGGUUUAUAUCACUUGGCCCAAUGAGCAUUACAGUGAAUUCGAAGCUAAUUGGCUGAAGAAAAGAUGCUUUUCUCAACAGGCAAGAGCAAGACUCCAAGGAGUAUUGUUUUUACCAGAAUGUCAGUACUGGGGCUCAGAGCUCCAGCUGCCUACUCUGAAUUUUGAAGAUGUGUUAAAAGAAGAUGAGCAUGCAUACAAAUGGCUCUCCACCCUCAAGAAAGUAGGCAUUGUGAGACUCACUGGAGCAGCUGACAAAUGCGGAGAGAUAACAAAACUUGGGAAAAGGAUUGGCUUCUUGUACCUCACAUUCUAUGGACACACUUGGCAAGUGCAGGACAAGAUUGAUGCCAACAAUGUGGCCUAUACAACUGGGAAGCUCAGCUUCCACACUGACUACCCAGCUCUCCACCAUCCACCUGGGGUUCAGCUUCUGCACUGCAUAAAGCAAACAGUCACAGGAGGUGAUUCUGAAAUUGUAGAUGGGUUUAAUGUGUGCCAAAAGCUCAAGGAGAAGAAUCCUCAGGCAUUCCACAUUCUGUCCUCCACCUUCGUGGAUUUUACAGACAUUGGAAUAGAUUACUGUGAUUUCUCUGUGCAAUCUAAACACAAGAUAAUAGAGUUGGAUGAUAAAGGCCAAGUGGUUCGCAUCAACUUUAACAAUGCAACCAGAGAUACCAUCUUCGAUGUCCCCAUUGAAAGAGUUCAGCCUUUCUACUCUGCUCUGAAAGAGUUUGUUGACCUCAUGAACAGCAAAGAAUACAAGUACACCUUCAAGAUGAAUCCAGGUGAUGUGAUUACCUUUGACAACUGGCGCUUGCUCCAUGGACGUCGUAGUUAUGAGGCAGGAACUGAGAUAUCCCGCCAUCUGGAAGGAGCUUAUGCUGACUGGGAUGUAGUGAUGUCAAGGCUGCGAAUUCUAAGACAGAGUGUCAAGAAUGGGAACUGAUUUUCCUGUCCUUAAAUCUUAGUGCAAGUCUAAUGACUGAAUGUUACUAGCUAUAGCCUGAUUAGUCUCAUAUCAUGAUCAACAUCAUUGAUGUAUUAAUUUCUUUAAAUCUGAACAAACAAUUUUUCUCAUCAGAGUAUUCUUCCUUGCAAUCACAUUCAAUGUCAUCUUAGGUGUCAUGAUAGGGGCCAUCUUAAAGCAUCCCUUCUGUGGCACAUGUGCUCUGACUUCCUUUGUUUCAUGAGUGUCACCAGAACACCUACAGUUAGUUUUGUAUCAAACAAAUCUUUCUGACAAAUAAAGGCUUUUUAUAUAUAUA